AUGACAGAAGUCCGGGUUCUUCAGAGGAAGCUUGAAAAUGCUAGAGCAAAGUUACGACAAAAGUUACGACAUCUGUAUAAUCAUAUGCUGAAGAGUAAAAACAAGGUGAUUCAGGAACUGAAACAGAAGUGCAGCAAAAUGAUGGAUCCAUCUGCUUUGAGGAAAAUAUUCACUGAAACCCAGCUGAAUGUCAUCAAGGCCGGGAAAUCAAAGCAAACCAGUUUGCUGGGGUCACUUGAACCCACUGGUUCACAGCAGGAGCAUGCUCCAAGCAUGUGCCAAGGUCAGGUCAACCCUGGCCAUUAUGACAAAUGUGUGUCGGCAGUCAAAGAGAGGCAUAAAGAAGACAUGGGUUCUGUUGUUUUGAACAUUUUCUCUCACUCUCAAGUGACAAAGAAGAACGUGUUGGUUGUGGAGUUGAUUAAUGCUCUCUGCACAACAGACCCUGGAUUGACAGAUGAUUUGGCUUCCAUUCUCAGUGAUCUUACCCUCUUGAAUAAUUCUGAGAACUCUAAAGUAGCUCUGAGGGCACGACAGUGGCAACAGGGUGUCGGGCAUAGGCAUUAGUAUUCAAGAAUGUGGUGCAACUCAACACAACACUGCCAUAGCCAGAUCUUGAAGAGAGCAGAAUGGAAG